AUGUGCCAUCGUUUCAUACUAGAUCCACCAAGAAACUACUAUGUUAUUGUGAUGUUUACUGCUCUCCAGGAAUUUAGACUGUGUGGAAAUUGCAAACAAGCUGCUGAAGAAUUUCAGAUCUUGGCAAAUUCCUGGGAACACCUUGGGGCAUUCAACAAGAUAUUUUUUGCUAUGGUGGAUUAUGAUGAAUGCCCUAAGGUCUUUGGAAUGUUCCAAGUGAAGUCAGUUCCAACUUUCCUCCACUUUCCAGCAAAAAGGCAAUUUACAGUAGACGACAUUUAUUGUUUGAAAGAAAGGGGUAUCGGAGCUGAGCAGAUAGCUGAAUGGGUAGUGGAGAGAACAAACGUCAGCAUCAGAAUCCGACGGCCUGCAAGUUAUCAUGAUCUCUUCAUGUUGGGGAUACUUUUGGCUCUCAUUGGUGGACUUGUGUAUUUACUGAAAUGGAACAGGAAAUUUAUUUUUAGCAAAACGUUUUGGGCAGUUUUUGCUCUUUGUUUUGUGACUGUGAUGACAGCUGGUGAAAUGUGGACUCGUAUUGAAGCAGCACCAUACGCUGAAAGGAAUCCUCACACAGGACAGAUGCAUUACAUCCACAGAAUGUAUUACUCUCAGUUUGUAGGAGAAACAUACAUCAUUUCUCUGCUUAACAUGUGCAUUACCCUGGGAAUGGUGAUCUUAGAUAAAGCUGCCACAUCUCGCAUGAACUUUCUAAAGAGGAAGAUGAUGUGUAUGAUCGGUAUGUGUCUAGUUGUAAUAUUCUUCAGUUGGCUGCUGUCCCUCUUUAGAUAUAAGGAACCUGGGUAUCCCUACAGCUUUCUGAUGGAUUGAAAAGGAACCUAGACUUAGAGACAUCAAAGAAAGAAAUUUGAAAAAGGAGCAUAUCGAAUCAGAAAGAUGUGAACUCACAACUUCUUUGAAGUGAUUGGGAUUUAACCAAAGGAGGCAUGAAGUUCCCUGAUAAUAACAAGCCAUUUACUCUCAAAAAUUGGUGCAGUUUUAUGGUGCAGUUCAAUUUUCUACUGUUAGUAAAUUUCAUAGAUUGCCUACUUAGUGAAUUCCCACUAUUAAAAUC